AAGUCGGCCGGCGAUCAUCGAAUCCCAGCAGUUUCCCCCUGUUCACCAGGGUUGUAUCCAAGCCUCAUCGCUUCCGGUGAUGCCACCGCCCGUGAUUUCUCUUGUCCGCACAUGAAAGUCCGACCUUCGUUCGUUAGCUACCUACCUUGCAUCACACCACCAUUUGCCCGCCUUUUCUGCCUGCCCGCCCUGUCGCCGGAUCUCCGGAGACCAAGCCGGGCUUGCCAGCAUCCACAGUAUAUCUACACGAUCCUUCCUGCCAGCUCAGCAGCGUAACCCACCACAUCUCUUCAUUAAUUGCAACGACCUCUCCGAGCGAAAUACCUCUCCUCAUAACAUCACCUGCACCCCGCAAGGACACUGCACCGCCUCUGACCGCCACACCGAUACCGAUGCAAAUACCCCAAUACUCCAAUCCGCUUUCCUAGUGGUCUACUUCGUACCUAUACCUACCACAUCUUCUCGACAUACAAUAUAAAACCACCCCAAUGAUGGCGUGGUACUCCCUCCUCCCACCUGCCCUCUCCUACAUCGAAAGCUCGGUAGUGCACAUCUUCGGGGACAGAAAGAGUGCAAAUCAACUAACUGUAUUUUCGCAUGAGCAGAUAUUCCUCGGCUUCGUUACUAUCUUCCCCUGGGCCGCGCUCCUCAUCUUCGAUAUAUGUCUGUAUACGGGGCGCAUGUUGACGUUCGAACUACCGGUCGUGGGAGGUCGAGCUCGCGGGAAGCAGCGGCCAAGGGCGCCGAGUUUGAAUGAGCGGCCGGAUGGACAGCCUCGAGUAUUGGUGGGGUUGAGUGGGAAUACAAGUAAUGACGGUGUUGGUGGUAGUGGACGGGAGGAGAAGGGGGUAGAAGGGGUGACGAGGAGGGUGGUUGCUCACGUGGAGGUUAACGGUGGCGGUCAUGGUGGGGAUUGAUAUGUACCUGGGUUGAUGGUUAUAUUUGGGGGUGCGUGUGAGGUAUAAUGGUAUGGAUAUUGAUGGUGAUACCUCCUGGUGAGGACACAUUCCAUAUCUCCCUUUGAUGACUGAUUUGGUGCAUGAUUUUGAGGCGUGCUUUUGAGGUUCUGUUCAUGUGGCAUUUUUAAUACCCCUGUACCUAUACUAGGUUGUUGCUUUUCUGUCUUUUUUAGUUUAGUGGUUGGCUUCUUGUUGAGCGGUUGCUGAGAUACCUACCUGCUUUGCUCAAUGAGUGAGGUUUACUUCUUGUUCUUGUCCAGGGGCUGUAUACUCCGUGAUAUUCCUAUAUGGCUUAAUUCUUUUACAAUUCAGGCCAGAGCUGUUUGCUGAACAUAUCAAAUGACACCGUUAUUGGACUUUUGCUGGCCAAUUUCCCAAGUUUCUCACUUAGUGGCUCUGGUAUUUUCGUAUCGUUG